CGGUGCAGCCGGCCGGGCAGAAGGGCGCGGGUGGCCGGCGGCGGGCCGCGGGCCGCGAUGGGCGAAGGCGGGCUGCCCCCGGCCUUCCAGCUGCUGCUGCGCGCCUGUGACCAAGGCGACACGGAGACGGCGCGGCGGCUGCUGGAGCCGGGGGCGGCGGAACCAGCGGAGCGCGGCGCGGAGCCCGAGACAGGCGCAGAGCCGGCGGGGGCCGAGGCGGCCGGGCCCGGGGCGGCGGCGGCGGCCGGAGCGCCGGUGCCCGUGGACUGCUCCGACGAGGCAGGCAACACGGCGCUGCAGUUCGCCGCGGCUGGGGGCCACGAGCCGCUGGUGCGUUUCCUGCUGCGCCGCGGCGCCUCGGUCAACAGCCGCAACCACUACGGCUGGAGCGCGCUCAUGCAGGCGGCCAGGUUUGGGCACGUGAGCGUGGCGCACCUGCUCUUGGACCACGGGGCUGAUGUCAAUGCCCAGAACCGGCUGGGGGCCAGCGUGCUCACUGUGGCUUCUCGGGGUGGCCACCUGGGUGUGGUGAAGCUGCUCCUGGAAGCCGGUGCCUUGGUGGACCAUCCCAACCCCUCAGGCGAGCAGCCGGGGGCCGGGGACAGCAGGGACGAGCUGCUGGACAUCACAGCCCUGAUGGCGGCCAUCCAGCACGGGCACGAGGCCGUGGUGCGUCUGCUGCUGGAGUGGGGGGCCGACCCCAACCACGCAGCACGGACCGUGGGCUGGAGUCCGCUGAUGCUGGCGGCGCUCAUUGGGAGGCUUGGCACGGCCCAGCAGCUGGUAGAGAAGGGGGCCAACCCUGACCACCUCAGCGCGCUGGAGAAGACUGCCUUCGAGGUCGCACUUGACCGCAAGCACAGGGACCUUGCAGAUUACCUGGACCCACUGACCACCGUCAGACCCAAGACAGAUGAGGAGAAAAGGCGACCUGAUAUUUUCCACGCACUGAAAAUGGGAAACUUCCAGCUGGUCAAGGAGAUUGCCGACGAAGACCCUAAUCACGUGAACCUGGUCAACGGGGACGGGGCCACCCCCCUGAUGCUGGCAGCUGUCAUGGGGCAGCUGCCCCUGGUGCAGCUGCUGGUGGAGAGGCACGCCGAAGUGGACAAGCAGGACAGCGUGCAUGGCUGGACGGCCCUCAUGCAGGCCACCUACCAUGGGAAUAAGGAGAUUGUCAAAUAUCUGCUAAACCAGGGCGCUGAUGUCACUCUUCGAGCGAAAAACGGGUACACGGCCUUUGACCUGGUGAUGCUGCUGAGUGAUCCCGACACGGAACUUGUUCGACUGCUGGCAUCUGUCUGCAUGCAGGUGAAUAAAGACAAGGGCCGGCCCAGCCACCCGUCACCCCCGCCCUGCUCGAAGGUCCGACAGCCCUGGAGUGUCCCAGUGCUGCCCGAUGACAAAGGCGGGCUUAAGUCCUGGUGGAGCCGGAUGUCCAAUCGGUUUCGGAAGCUCAAGCUGAUGCAGACUCUGCCCCGUGGGCUGUCCAGCAACCAGCCGCUGCCUUUCUGUGAUGAGCCAGAGCCUGUGCUGGACUCCACCAUGCGGGCAGUCCCCCAGGACAAGCUAAGCCGCUCUGGGCUCCCUGACGUGGCCCCCUCAGUGAAAGACAGUGGUCCUGGGAGCACGAGGGGAGAGAAGGAAGACGCGUUAUUGACAACCAUGCUUCGAAACGGAGCCCCCUUCACCAGACUCCCGAGUGACAAGCUGAAGGCCGUCAUUCCCCCUUUCCUACCCCCCUCCAGCUUUGAGCUGUGGAGCUCCGACCGGUCCCGGACAUGCCACGAUGGGAAGGCCGACCCCAUGAAGACUGUGCUGCCCCAGAGAGCCAGCAGGAGCCACCCCCUGGGUGGCGGGGGCACAGACACCGUUACUCCUGUCAGGCCGGUUAAAUUUCCAUCUCUCUCCAGAAGUCCAGUCUCUCCGGCCAAUUCUGGAAACUUCAACCACUCGCCUCAUUCCUCAGGUGGCUCCAGUGGGGUAGGGGGCGUGAGCAGGCACGGCGGGGAGCUGCACAGCCGCUCAGGUGGCAGCAUAGACAGUGUCCUGUCCCAGAUCGCCGCCCAGAGGAAGAAAGCAGCCGGGCUGUCUGAGCAGAAGCCCGGCCAUCGGUCAAGUCCUGUUGGGCCAGCACCUGGGUCCAGCCCUUCUGAGCAUCCAGUCUCCCCCACAGGUGGUGGUGGUCCUGGCAGCAAGAAACUGGAGACAAGCAAAAGGCCUCCUUCUGGAACAUCCACUACCUCCAAAAGCACCUCCCCCACCCUCACACCCUCCCCUUCACCCAAAGGCCACGCCGCGGAGUCCUCGGUGUCCUCCUCCUCCUCCCACCGGCAGUCCAAGAGCAGUGGGGGCUCCAGCAGUGGCACCAUCACUGACGAGGACGAACUGACUGGAAUCCUUAAGAAAUUGUCACUUGAGAAAUAUCAGCCCAUUUUUGAGGAGCAAGAGGUAGACAUGGAGGCGUUCCUCACCCUCACCGAUGGCGACUUAAAGGAGCUGGGGAUUAAGACAGACGGGUCCAGGCAGCAGAUUCUGGCAGCGAUUUCCGAACUGAACGCAGGCAAGGGACGGGAGAGACAAAUUUUACAGGAAACCAUUCACAACUUCCAUUCCUCCUUUGAGAGCAGUGCCAGCAACACCAGGGCCCCUGGAAAUAAUCCCUGUACAUGAUCCUCUUUCCUGUGGUCACCAGCGUGAGCUUUCUGGAUCUCGGUGCUGCCUCCACACAGCCAGUGCGCCAGCCGCCCUCAGCUCUUUGCCGUCCCCCAAGACACACCGUGCUCUGUCACGCCGCUGUGCCUCAGUCAUGUUGUUCCCUCUGCCUGGAACACCCAUCUCCCCUUCUCCGCUGUAGUGGUGGUGAUGCUCAUGGCUGUAACAAACUCCAACACACUAGACACUUCAUCUCACAUAAAGUCCGGUACGGCUGCCGCUUGCUU